AUGCGUCCAUUUUAUUGGCCUAACAGGAACACGACAUUUAACAAGUCAUACCACCUCUUGCGUCUUUUGAUCGUCUUAGCGGUCGUCUUUCUCUGUUGUGGAAAGGCAUGUUCACUCUCUUCUCCUCACUUUAUUGGAAGAGCUGUCGAAGCUCUAUCCAAGAAGGAAAAGGGUAAUGCCAUUUACAACCUUGCCAUGUUUUCACUUGCCGCUUUCAUGGCUAUUUGUUGCGAUGAGAUGAGGAACCUUUCAUAUCGUUAUGUCCAGUGCAUUGGAAUAACGGAUCUGUCACUUCGUUUCUAUUCUCACUUGCAUACACUCAGCUAUCAGUGGUUUGCUGAAAACAAGUCUGGAGAAAUUGUGAGAUCAAUGUAUCGUGGAAUGGAUUCCGUACGUGAAUUCACACAAUUUGGAGUUAUUCUUUUGGUUCCUACGGUCGUUGAAUCGGUUAGUAUUGUCAUCUUGUUCAUGGCAUACUUCAAGGAUAUUUGGCUCUCUGUCACCGUCUUCUGUGGACUCGUCAUUUACUUUGUCAUCACAAUUGUGGUCACCAAUUGGAGAACAAGGACCCGCGAAGCGCAUGCAAAGAGAGAUAACGAGAUCCAUGGACUUGCUACUGAUGGCAUCAACAACUUUGAGACUGUAAAGUACUACACAAACGAGGAUUUUGAGGUCAGGAAGUUCGUCAAGGCUGUAAAGGUGCAUGAGAAACUCAACUGGAAGAUCAUGAACAGCUUAUCAUUCAUCAACGUUUCACAGGAAGUCAUCAAGCAAGGGACCAUUUUCCUCUGCCUUUUCAUUGGUUCGACUUAUAUCCUUGCUGGAACUGCAGACAUUGGAGCCAUAAUCACCAUACAGACUUAUCUCUUUUUGCUCUUCAGACCGCUCUUUAUCCUUGGUAGCAUUUACUCUACCGUCGUAAAGGCCAUUGUUGGAGUGCAGGAUGCCAUUGUCUUGUUCAAGACGCAGCCAACAGUUGUGGACUUGCCAGACGCUAAAACUUUGGAUAUCCAUGGCGACGAAGAAGUUCCCGCAUUGAUUGAGUAUACAAAUGUCUCGUUUGCAUACAAUACAGGGGCUUUAAAGCACGACAAGGAUGCACAUGAAAUCCACAAAAGGGCAAAGGAAAGGCCUGGCAAGUGUCCAAUUGAUCUCACUCUUCACUCAAUUUCAUUCAAACUUGACAAGUUCAAGUCUGUUGCUAUCGUUGGUCCCACGGGAAGCGGUAAGACCACAAUCUGCAGAUUGCUGUGCAGGUUGUACGAUGUCACUAGUGGUAGCAUAAAAAUUAACGGUGUGCCAGUGAAUGAGUACACACAAAAGAGUCUCAGAAACAACAUUGGAGUGGUCGCUCAGGACACUAUACUGUUCCACGAUACCAUCAGGAAUAACAUUAGAUACGCCAAGCUUGAUGCCACCGACGAUGAAAUUUACGCUUCCCUCAAAAAGGCGAGGCUAUACGAUAGGGUGCUAGAGUUCCCAGACAAGCUGGACACUGUUGUCGGAGAACGGGGUGUCAAGCUUUCUGGAGGUGAAAAGCAGAGGGUGAGCAUUGCCAGGUGCUUCUUGAAAGAUCCCCCAAUCAUCAUCCUCGACGAAGCCACGAGUGCCCUCGAUUCCAAGACCGAGUCUCUCAUCCAAGAGACCAUAACUACACUCACUAGCAAGAAGACAGUUCUAACAAUCGCACACAGGCUCUCCACCAUUGUCAAUGCGGACAACAUCCUGGUCAUUGACAAGGGGAAAAUUUUGCAACAAGGCAAACACAAUGAACUCAUUGAAAAGGAGGGACCUUACAAGGAACUCUGGAACGCACAACUUAAACAUAAAAUGCAGAAUCUUGAUUUAUAA